AUGGUGUUCCCCUCAGCACCUCCCUGCACACAGCCCAUCACCUGGCAGGGGUUCCUGCUCACAGCAUCACUUUUAAACUUCUGGAACCCACCCACCACUGCCCAAGUCAUGAUUGAAGCCCAGCCACACGUUGUUUCAGAGGGGAAGGAUGUUCUUCUGCUUGUCCACAAUUUGCCCCAGAAUCUUAUUGGCUACAGCUGGUACAGAGGGAAAAUCAUGGACAUCACCCACUACAUGACAGCAUUUUUAAUAGACGGUCACAUAACUAUAUUUGGGCCAGCACACACUGGACGAGAAACAAUAUAUCCCAAUGCAUCCCUGCUGAUCGAGAAGGUCACCCAGAAUGACGCAGGACCCUACACCCUACAAGUCAUCACGCAAGGUGAUAGGAAUAAUGGAGAAACUGGACAUUUCACCUUACACCUGGAGACUCCCAAGCCCUCCAUCACCAGCAGCAACUCAAAACCCAGCAAGGCUGACACUGUGACCUUAACCUGUGAACCUGAGAUUAAGGAUGCAAACUACCUGUGGUGGAUAAAUGGUGAGAGCCCCCCAAGCAGUAGCAGGCUGCAGCUGUCCAAUGACAACAGAACCCUCAUUCUAUUCAGUGUCACGGAGAAAGAUGCAGGACACUAUGAAUGUGAAGUGAAGAACCCAGUGAGUGCCAGCCGCAGUGAUCCAGUCACCCUGAAAGUCCUUCCAGAGCUGCCCCAAGUCUAUAUCACCAGCAACAAAUUCAAUGCUGUGGAACAUGUCGAUGAGGUAACCUUAACCUGUGUACCUGAAAUUAGAAAUGCCAUCUACCUGUGGUGGUUAAAUGGUCAGAGCCUCCUGUUCAGUCCCAGGAUGCAAUGGUCUGAUGACAACAGAAUCCUCACUCUAAACAAAGUCACUAGAAAUGACAGAGGAUCCUAUGAGUGUGGAAUACAGACCUCAGCGGGUGCCAUCCUCAGUGACCCAGUCACCCUAAAUGUCCUCUAUGGCCCAGACUUUCCCAGAAUUUCUCCUUCAAAAACCGUUUACCAUCAAGGAAGAAACCUCCGCCUCUCCUGCUUUGCAGACUCUAACCCGCCAGCAGAGUAUCAUUGGAUAGUUAAUGGGAUGCGUCGGCUAAAAGGAAAAGAGGUCCAUGUCCCACGAAUCACUACAAAGAACAGCGGGCUCUAUGGUUGUUUUGUUCGUAACUCAGCCACUGGCAAGAGAAACUUGGUAUUCAAGGAAAUCAAAGUGGUUGGUAAGUGAACACUGUUUUCCUUAUUUCUCAUGACCGACCUUGUGUCCAGCCUGAGCAAAGUAGGGAGGGGGCUUGUCAGCCCUGAGCCCUAUGUGGUGGAAGAGGCUUCACAGAGGGACAAGAAGGAGCGUCCUCGAGAUCAGUUGCUUCUCGCUGUCACCAACACAUCCCUUUCUGUCACGUCUUUGUUUUCUUUUACCUACUUCAUGAGCUUCAAGAAACAUCUGAGGCUUUGA